GAUUGGAUCGUAACGCGAGUAUCGACGCGAGCGCUAGUCUGUUUAUAGAACAAAAAACAUGGUUUUACGUUUUAGUUUCAAAGUAAUCCGAAGGAGAAACGCUGCCGCUUACCGAGACUUAUAGGAUGUUUCCCGCGAUUUUUCCAGGAGGAUUUGAAGAUGAAGUUACAGCCGUAUUCAGCAUGGCCCUGGACCCGGGUCCUGUUGUAUGUGGUAACCGCCAUCGCCUGUACCUUCUUCGGCAUGAAAACUCUGCACCUUUUCACAGCACAUUCCAAUGUUACAAACCCGAAUGUGGACGCGCAUUUCGACGGGAAAUCUAAGCCAAAGGCCGUAUGGACAUUCAAUGGCUCAGAAAAUGGAAGUCGAUUGUCGUCUACUAAAGAAAAUGUGGCAAAUCCGAAUGUUCCCAGGCUGCAGUUUACGAACAGAUACCUUCCAACGGGAGGAUUACCAAAGACAACAGCAAAUGAGACCAACGACACUUCUACGCAGAGGAAAGAAAAUAAACCUGGAGCAGAAAGCGUUGGCAAACUUAGGAAUACAUACAAUGGAGUUGUAAAUAUGAAUAAAUAUCUUCAAAAGUUCCCCUCAAAAAGGGGAAAUGUAAAAACUAAUCUUAAUAAGAUAGACACAGAAAUGGGAGCUAGUAAAACAAUGACAUUGAAAAAUCCAAGCAGUGAAAGACUUUUAACGAAAAAGAAACCUUUUCUAGAUCUAGUUUUAGGAACAGGAAAUGACAUAGAAACAGGACACCAACAGACUUCCUCAAAAACAGUCAAGCAGAAGGCAAGAGAAAGAAGAGACAUCCCCAUAGAGACUAUACAAACAACAGCAAAAAGUGCAGCAUAUAUUGAUAGCACGUCGGAGGGCUACUCCACUGUUGAGAAGUCUGCAGAAGAAUCUACAAUAGAAGGUCACAGUACGACCACACAGGAAACCAUAUUGCCUACAAUUCUGUUAUCGACAGAGCGAAGCACAGUGGCAGCGGGUCUUAAAGACACCACUGUGGCCGAAGCAUCGACGGAGCAGGCUAAUCCACAUGGAUCGUCUUCGUACACAGCUUCAAGUACUACAGUUGUCAACACGUCCGAAGGUCUAUCCACUGUUGUGGAGCCAGAAUCUACAAUGGCAGACCAAAGCGCGACCAUAACAAAAUUUCCGGCAAUGCAAGUGACAACAGAGCAAAGCACUCUGACGCCAACAUUAGAAAAGUCUACCAUGCCCGGGAAAGAAACGGAGCAGACCGAAACAAUAGCACGGUCUAUAAUCACAUCUCAAACACAGGGCGCUUCAAGCUCAGUUGAUACAACGGUAGAUUUGUCCACUGUGGUUGAGAAUACAGCGCAUUCUGAGACUGCCACAACAGAAGGCAUCGGCUCGACCACAAGCACCUCAAAAACUACAGUCCAAUCGACAAAACUUGAGCAGUCUACACGCGUAGACAAAAUUACGACCACACAAGGAACUAACUUUCCUACAAUGAAAGAAACAACAGAACAAAACAUUGUGACACCUACGCCAGAAGAUGAAACAACAACCAGCUCAAGAACUUCAGUCCAAUCGACAAACCUUGUGGAAACUACACAAGGAGACAAAAGUACAACCAUAUCAGGCACCCAAUUUCCUACAAUACGGUUAACAACAGUACAAAGUACCGUGACUCCUACGCCUGAAGAAACCACAGAGAAAGAAACAACAACCAACGCAAGAACGUUAGUCCAAUCGACAAUACUUGCGGAGUCUACAAAGGUAGAGCAAGGUACGACUGCGCAAAGAAGCAGAGUUCCUACUUUGCCUGUGACAACAGAGCAAAGCUCUUUGACCCAUUCCUUGGCAGAGACCACAGUGGCUAGUACAACAAUGGAGAGGGCUAGCACAUUUUGGGUGUCUUCCGCCACGUCUUCGACAGAAAGUGCCCAAAGCACAAACAUUGCCACGUCGGAAGGUCAUUCCACCGUAUUUGAAACCACAGGUCAAUCUUCGACUGGCAUUGCAUUUGGCAUGAAGUCGACCGCUAGUAGCUCAAGCACUUCAGUACAAUCGACAAAACCUGCUACAUCUACAUCAGAAGAGCAAAGUACGACAGCGCAAAGUACUAGAGUUUCUACUUUGCCGGUAACAACAGAAAAAGUCUACACGGCCGUACCAGGUACCCAAUUUCCGACAAUGAGUGUGACAACAGAACGAAGCACUGUGACACAUUCGCCUAAAGAGACCACAGGCGAUGAAACAACCCGGUCAAGAACUUCAGUCCAAUCAACAAAGCUUGCGGAGUCUACACGGGUAGAAGGAAGUACGAUCGUCCCAGAUACCCAAUUCCCCACAAGACAGUUGACAACAGUUCAAAACACUGUGACACCUACACCUGAAGAAAUAACAGAUGAUGAAAUAACCACCAGCUCAACUACUUAUGCCCAAUCGACGCAACUAGCGGAGUCUACACAGGGAGACGGAACUACGACCACAAAAGGAACCGAAUUUCCUACAAUUCAGGUAACAACAGAGCAAAGUACUGUGACGACUACGCUUAAAGAGACCACAGGCCAUGAAACAACAACUAGCUCAAGAACUUCAGUCCAAUCGACAAAAGUUACUGCAUCUACACCGGGAGAGCAAAGCACGACUGCGCAAAGAACCAGAGUUCCUACUUUGCCGGUAACAACAGAGCAAAGCACUUCCUUGGUGACCACAGUGGGUAGUGCAACAAUAAAGAGGGCUAGCGCAUUUGGUUCGUCUUCAGCCACGUCUUCAACAGAAAGUGUCACAACCACAAACAUCGCCCCGUCGGAAGGUCAAUCCACCGUACUUGAAACUACAGGGCAUUCUACAACUCGCACCAGUUAUGAAGUCAAGUCGACUACAAGCAGCUCAAGCACUUCAGUCCAAUCCACAAACCUUCCAGGGUCUACGGAGGUAUACGGGGCUACAUCCAUACAAGGAACCAAAUUUCCUACAAUGAAAGUAACAACAGAACAAAGCACCGUGUCACCUUCGCCAGAAGAGAUGACAGAGGACGUAACAACAACCAGCCUAAGAACGUCAGUCCAAUCGACACUCCUUGAAGAGACUACACUGGCAGAAAAAAGUACAACCAUACAAAGAGCAAAAUUUCCAACAACGCAUUUGACAACAGUACAAAUUACUGUGACACCGACGCCUGAAGAAACCACGGAGAGUGUAAAAACAACCAGAUCAAGAACUUCAAGCCAGUCGACAAAACAUGAGGAGUCUACACUGGUAGAGCAAAGUACGACUGCGCAAAGAACAAGAGUUCCUACUUUGUCAGUAACAACAGGACAAAGUACUUCGACGCCAACGUUGGGAGAGACCACCACCACAGUGGCUAGCACCACAACAGAAAGUGCUAGCACAUCGUCUUCCGUCACUUCUACAACACAAGCGUCCUCCCUCCUGACUUCGACAACUGCUGGGGUCAGCUCGACAAGUGAUACAAGCCCAAUUGCCAGUACAUCUGAAGGACAUUCAACUGGUGGGCUCUCUACAGCUCAUUCUACAUCUUUCACAACUGUUGGAAUAAGCUCGACAAGCAGCAAGGCAAGAAGUACUGUCCAAUCGACAACUCUGUCGGCAACGUCAGUGAAAUCGUCAACACAUCCGGAAUCUACACCGGUAGAGCUAAGUACGACUGCGCCAAGAAGCAGAGUUCCCACUUUGCCUGUAACAACAGAGCAAAGCACUUUGACGUCAACGCUGGCAGAGACCACCACCACAGUGGCUGGCACAACAACAGAAAGUGCUAGCACAUCAUCUUCCGGCGCGUCUACAGCACAAGGUGCCACAAGCACAGUCGUUGCCACGACGGAAGGUCAUUCGACUGUAGUUGAAACUACCGGGCAAUCUUCGACUGGCACUACGUAUGGAGUCAAGUCAACCACAAGCAGUCCAAGUACACCAGUAAUAUCGAGUACAGCUUCAGAGUCUACAACGACAGAACAAGGUAGCACCUUGCAAAGAACCACGUUUCGUACAGUGCCGGCAACAACAGAUCGAAGCACUGUAACAUCAACUCUUGAAGAGACCACAGUGAUUAGUACAACUGCAGGACAGACAAGCACACCGGAAUCGUCCUCCCUCUUGACUUCGACAACUGCUGGGGUCAGCUCGACAAGUGCUACAAGCCCAAUUGCCAGUACAUCUGAGGGACAUUCAACUAGUGGGCUGUCUACAGCUCAUUCUACAUCUUUCACAACUGUUGGGAUAAGCUCGACAAGCAGCAAGGCAAGAAGUACUGUCCAAUCGACAACUCUGUCGGCAACGUCAGUGAAAUCGUCAACACAUCCGGAAUCUACACCGGUAGAGCUAAGUACGACUGCACCAAGAAGCAGAGUUCCCACUUUGCCUGUAACAACAGAUCAAAGCACUUUGACGUCAACGUUGGCAGAGACCACCACCGAAGUGGCUAGUACAACAACAGAAAGUGGUAGCACAUCGUCUUUCUCAACGUCUACAUCACAAGGUGUCACAAGCACAACCUAUGCCAUGACGGAAGGUCAUUCGACUGUAGUUGAAACUACCGGGCAAUCUUCGACUGGCACUACGUAUGGUGUCAAGUCGACCACAAGCAGUCAAAGUACACCAGUAAUAUCGAGUACAGCCUCAGAGUCUACAACGACAGAUCAAGGUAGUACCUUGCAAAGAACCACGUUUCGUACAGUGCCCGCAACAACAGAUCGAAGCACUGUAACAUCAACUCUUGAGGAGACCACAGUGAUUAGUACAACUGCAGGACAGGCAAGCACACCGGAAUCGUCCUCCCUCUUGACUUCGACAACUGCUGGGGUCAGCUCGACAAGUGCUACAAGCCCAUUUGUCAGCACAUCUGAAGGACAUUCAGCUGGUGGACUGUCUACAGCUCAUUCUACAACUUUCACAACUGUUGGGAUAAGCUCGACAAGCAGCAGCCCAAGAAGUACAGUCCAAUCAACAACACUUUCGGCUACGUCAGUCGAUUCGACAACACAUCCGGAAUCUACACCGGUAGAACUAGGUACGACUGCGCAUAGAAGCAGAGUUCCCACUUUGCCUGUAACAACAGAGCAAAGCACUUUGACGUCAACGUUGGCGGAGACUACCACCAGAGUGGCUAGUACAACAACAGAAAGUGGUAGCACAUCGUCUUUCUCAACGUCUACAUCACAAGGUGCCACAAGCACAACCUAUGCCACGACUGAAGGUCAUUCGACUGUAGUUGAAAGUACAGGGCAAUCUUCGACUGGCACUACGUAUGGAGUCAAGUCGACCACAAGCAGUCAAAGUACACCAGUAAUAUCGAGUACAGGCUCAGAGUCUACAACGACAGAUCAAGGUAGCACCUUGCAAAGAACCACGUUUCGUACAGUGCCCGCAACAACAGAUCGAAGCACUGUAACAUCAACUCUUGAAAAGACCACACUGAUUAGUACAACUGCAGGACAGGCAAGCACACCGGAAUCGUCCUCCCUCUUGACUUCGACAACUGCUGGGGUCAGCUCGACAAGUGCUACAAGCCCAUUUGUCAGCACAUCUGAGGGACAUUCAACUAGUGGGCUGUCUACAGCUCAUUCUACAUCUUUCACAACUGUUGGGAUAGGCUCGACAAGCAGCAACGCAAGAAGUACAGUCCAGUCGACAACACUUUCGGCUACGUCAGUCGAAUCGUCAACACAUCCGGAAUCUACACCAGAAGAGCGAAGCUCGACAAGCAGCAACCUAAGAAGUACAGUGCAGUCGACAACACUUUCGGCAACGUCAACACAUCCGGAAUCUACACCAGUAGAGCUAAGUACGACUGCGCCAAGAAGCAGAGUUCCCACUUUGCCUGUAACAACAGAGCGAAGCACUUUGACGUCAACGUUAGCAGACACCACCACGGAAGUGGCUGGUACAACAACAGAAAGUGGUAGCACAUCGUCUUUCUCAACGUCUACAUCACAAGGUGUCACAAGCACAACCUAUGCCACGACGGAAGGUCAUUCGACUGUAGUUGAAACUACCGGGCAAUCUUCGACUGGCACUACGUAUGGAGUCAAGUCGACCACAGGCAGUCAAAGUACACCAGUAAUAUUGAUUACAGCCUCAGAGUCUACAACGACAGAUCAAGGUAGCACCUUGCAAAGAACCACGUUUCAUACAGUGCUGGCAACAACAGAUCGAAGCACUGUAACGUCAACUCUUGAAGAUACCACAGUGAUUAGUAUAACCGCAGGACAGACAAGCACACCCGAAAUGUCUUCCACCAUGUCUUUGACUGUUAGUGCUACAAGCCCAAUUGUCAGGACAUCGGAAAGUUAUUCAUCAGGUGGACUGUCUACACGUUCUUCUACAGCCCAAUCGACAACACUUUCGGAAUAUACAUCGAUAGAGCAAAGUUCGAUUGCGUACAGAACCACAGGUCCUGCUUUGCCAAUUACAACAGAGGAAAGCACUUUGUCGCAUUCAUCGACAGAGAUCACAGUAGCUAGUGGGACAUUGGAGAUGAAAGUCCCAGCGAGAAUUGGAUUAAAACUCACUCUUGGGGCCCUGGAAUGGGAUGCGGAAUUGUUAGUCGUCUCUAGCAAUCAGUUUAGAGGCAUUUCCAGUAUUUUGAUUGAUAAGAUAUCAGAGUACUUUACUCGCAGUCGGUGGAACACGACUUUCUACAGCGCUAAAGUGAUAAACUUUUACGAAGGCAGUGUCGUAUCUACGGUUCUUCUCAACUUUACUACCCCCUGCGUCGAAAUGGAAGAGGUAGCAGGUUUUUUAACUGAGUCAAUUGCUUCCGACGGCAACAACACGCUAGGAAUCGUUCUACGGACUACCGAUGAGAUUUGCUCCAAUGAUUACUGUUCCAACGAGUCAUCUUGCUUCUUGGUUGGCUCUGACAGGAAAUGCAGGUAAGGCAUGUUCAUUUUCAGUCAUGUUCAUUUUCAUCAAUAAACAAGACAAUGUUUAUUAAUUGUAUUCGCAUUGUAAUGCUCAUACCCUAUCAAUCCCUUUACAGAACGAAUGAUACAGUUGUACCAAGCCCCUGCGAAGAAAGUGUCGCAACCACAAACGUUCCAACAUCAAAAGGUAGCAUCUCAACAAGUACAUUCCAAUGGACAACAAUUUCAAAAUCUACGUCGACAGAGCAAA